GCAUGUGCCUCAAUAGGCGUCACUUAAAGUGUCCUGUCAGCGCCACCACCGGGCUGAGGGACAUUCACUAACAGCCAGUGGUCGGUGGAGCCAAGACAGCACACCACGAGGAGAAACCAUCCCAGAAGAGUUCAACGUUGGUAACCUGAACGUUCCUGCUAAACAGUGUUCAUUAACAUUAAAAUGACUCAGCAAAAACAAAAGAAGAAGGCGAGGUGCUGGGGGUGCUUCGACUGGCUCUUCGCCAGGCGGGCCCACCACAGCCCCUCCGAGGACUUCGACUCCACCGUCGAGGAAAUGAAAAACGCGGGUGCCCAGGACGAUGCAGGCGAACAGGGACAAGGGUCCCUGGACCUGGUCUGCCUGAAGAACGCUGCUCAGCCUCUCGCUGUGGUGGAGGAGGAACUCCCCUCCGACACCCGGGACGCUGAUGGGGAGGUGGGAAAGGGAGAAAUGGAGACCAAUUGCAAGAGGCCUCAAACUCUCGUCAUCACUAUCCACAUGGUGAAGAGAGAACGGGUCAGCAAACCCGUGGACGAAACAACAGUCGCAGAUAAAGACUGGACGCCAAAGGAGAGCCGUGGCAGGCGGCCUCAAACUCUCGUCAUCACUAUCCACAUGGUCAAGAGAGAAAGGGUCAGCAAGCCAGUGGACGAAACAACAGUCGCUGCAAAAGACUGGACGCCAAAGGAGAGCCAUGGCAAGAGGGUUGAAACGCUGAUAAUUACUCUGCACAUGGUCAAGCGAGAAAAGAUAAAGGAAGUAUGCGAGGAGCUCCCCUCCGAGCAUCAAGACACUGCUGGGGACGCUCAGCCAGACGAGGGGGUGAAGGAGGAACUCUCCUUCGAGCAGGAGCAAGGGGUUGUUAGUGAGGCCGUUACCGAGCCACCAGAAAAGACGCCCCUCAAGAGCUGCUUCAAAAAGAAGGACGCACCUCCAAACCCCGCCGAGAAAAUUGUCAGGUUCAACUUCCAAAACCUGAACACUUUCGUCAAAGAUCGGGAACUGUACUGUGGCUACGACUACUUCAAGUACGGCUUCCCUCUCUCCAUGAUUCGUUCUGAGCUACAAAAGCGAAAAGAAAAAACAGUGAAGCCACAGGAAGAGGCAGCAAAGGAAGCAGUAAACAAACUGCCAGAGCCUCAGCAAACAGUAACAGAGAAGGCAACACAUAUACACAACAAAAACACUGAGCCACAACAUCUCACAGGGAUCCUCAAGAAAGGAAAGACGGCCAGCGCCGCUCAUAAAUGUCUGCGCUUUAACUUCCAAAACCUGAACACUUUCGUCAAGGAUCGUGAGCUGUACUGUGGCUACGACUACUUCAAGUAUGGCUUCCCUCUCUCCAGCAUUCGCUCUGAGCUGCAAGAGCUAAAAGAAACAACCGUGAAGCCACAGGAACGGCCAGUAAAGGACGCAGUAAACAAACAUCACACAUUACAGGAGCAGACAGUUAGAGAAACUUGCUGUACACCAAUGAAUGCCACAGUUGACGGGACGUCUCCUAAGGGUAUCCUUAAGAAAGAAAAGAUGCCACGGUCCACCUGUCCAAAACACGUGCGCUUCAACCUUGGUAACCUCCGCGCCCCCGUGAAGGAACGUGAGCUGUACCGUGGCCACGACUACUUCAGAUACGCCACGCCGCUCCAGGUCACUCAGGCUCCCAACUGUACCCCGAGGCCUCACCACCAGCCCGUUAGAUCCGCCUCUAACUCGCUGCGUGGCGCACCUCGGCAGCUCGGGAGGCCGACGACACAGCGGAGGAACGACUCCUUCCAGCAAAACAGUGGCCGGAGUGCUGCACAACUACACCAACAACCGCCACUCACAGCACCGCCAUCACAACUCCAGCAGCUACGUCUCGCCCAGAUACGAAACGAGGUAUUAUUCCGAAGGACAGGCACAUCCAGGCACCUACUCCCGCAGCAGAAGUCGUGUCAAGAGAGGCGCCAAGCCGAGUGGCGGUGAUGCUCAGUGUGCACAGGGCGAGUACACAGCGUCGUGAUCAAACUCACAUGCUACAUUCCGGGUGCAUUGCUCAAUACCCGCUGAACAGUAACUGUCGUUGAUUGGUGAUAACAAUGACAAACACACUGCCCGGAAUGGCUCGCCAGCUGACUAAAAUCACCAUGCAGAGGAACACAUCCCAUGGAACGGUGCCACUUCUACGGAACAAAUUGUUCAAGAGUGUCGCAUCUGUGGGGAGUGGCCCGAUGCGUGUGUGUGCUUACAUUUCUUAUCUUAUAUUUC